AGUACUGGUACCCAGGACCGCUCCAAAAUAAAAAGAAUAUGGCGGAAGCUCCGUUUAUGAGCGGCCUAAAACUGUUAUUUGUUUCUGUUGUAUUCACGGGGAAAUGAAAGGGAAUGUUCGAUAAAAGACCGGCUCUUGUAAAGUAUGUCAGAUCAAAAGCAGUUAACAUCUAACAAAUCGGCGAGUAAUUACGAGUGUGCCUCUGCCAGUCACCUUUACAUCGAUAUCAAAGCCACGCAAUGGCCGAUCGUCUACUCAUCUGGGUACAACAUUGGCUUUAUGGGUCUGGAGAGACUGCAUCCAUUCGACUCUGGCAAAUGGGGAAGGGUAUUUAACAUGCUCAAAGAGGCCAAGCUUAUUGAUGAUAGCACAGUAGUUGAACCAAGAGAAGUAUCAAGAGAGGAUUUGCUGAUUGUGCAUACCAAGAAGUAUCUGGACAGCUUAAAGUGGAGCGUGGUGGUUGCUCAGAUCUGUGAGGUCCCACCAGUUGCCUUCCUCCCUAACUUCAUUGUGCAGCACAAGUUGCUCAGGCCGCUAAGACUGCAAACAGGAGGAACGGUACUUGCAGCGAAGUUGGCAAUGGAAAGAGGCUGGGCUAUAAACAUUGGAGGGGGAUUCCACCACUGUUCUGGGACCAGUGGAGGAGGCUUUUGUGCAUAUGCCGAUAUCUCUCUUGCAGUUAUGUUUUUGUUCAAUCAUUUUGAUUCAGUCAAGAAAGUGAUGAUAAUUGAUCUAGAUGCCCAUCAGGGCAAUGGUCACGAAGCCGACUUCAUAAAAGAAGAAAGAGUUUAUAUCAUGGAUGCCUACAAUUCACACAUAUACCCUGGCUGUAUGAAAGUUAAAAGUGCAAUUAAACGAGAUGUUCAAUUGGAGAACUUUACAACAGAUUCAGAAUAUCUACCACUUAUCAAAUGGCAUGUGCCGGAGGCCCUGGAUGAGUUUUGUCCUGAUGCGAUCAUCUACAAUGCAGGCACAGACAUUCUAGAGGGUGACCCUCUAGGUUCGCUUUCCAUAACUCCUAAGGGCAUCAUUCAAAGAGACCAGAUAGUCUUCCAGGAAGCACGUAGCCGCUCUAUUCCUAUCAUGAUGGUGACAUCAGGUGGAUACCAGAGAAGAACUGCACGAAUUAUUGCUGACUCAAUCCUUAAUUUACACGAGCAGGGUCUCAUUUCCUGUAACUACUCUGAAUCAGGCCCAUUACCGGUUGCUGGGGCUUCGUCAAGCUACAAUACCUUCUGAGCCCACUUUCUUGGAUUAUCUUCACCCAUAGCCCUAAUACGAAACAAUUAGAUCGCCUUGGUACCUGAGGGGAGUAGGGUGGGGGAAACCAGAUUUGGCGAUUUUCCAUCACCCUCAACCCUAAUACCAAACAAUUAGAUCGUCUUGCUAUCUCAGGGAAAUAGGGUGGGGAAACACGUGGUUGACGACAGCACGCUCUGAUCACGUGUCUGAAGGCCAUUUUUCUGUGGAAUACUGAGGACUUAUUGCUAAUUCUGACGUCACAAAAGGAUUAGGAGAUAAGGGGAGGUUACUCAUUCAAAAUGAUAAAUACAUAAUUUCUGAGAUCUAAUUUUAAAAUAUUUAUUCGUAUCUCAAUGGGAGCAUUACUCCAAAUAAUUACUCAGCAACAAUCCAAUUUAUCGCAUUUUUUUUGUAAAUAUUACAAUUUUAUUUGUAUCAUGAAAUGGUAAUGAUAGAAAUAAUUGGAUACAUCAGGCUUGUGCCUAAUCGUGAGGCUAUGAGCUUUAAAAAGUAUCGUGCAACGAGAUGCUGAGUACCAAGGUGCUAACCGAACCGAGUACCAAGAUGCUUUGCGAACCGAGUACCAAGGUGCUAAGCGAGGAGAGUUUACCAAUGUGCUUUGCGCACCUUAGAAUAGGGAUUCAAUAAAUUAAAUAGGGAUGGUAACAUGUGGAAUAGGUAACUCAAAGUAACCAAUAAACAAUAACAAUUUAUCGUUGA